AUGGAGGAUCAUACACAACUUUAUAUUGAUUGGGUAAAUGAACAAUUAGCAGAAAGUAAAAAUGUUUUAAUAGUUAAUUCAUUAGAUGAUUUUACUGAUGGGACUAUAUUAUUACGAUUAGUUGAAAAAUUAACAAAUCUUCAUUCUCGAAAUAUUGAAUCUCAUCCAAAAACAAAAGAACAAAAAGUUAUUAAUAUUAAAGAAGCUUUAAGACUCGCUGAACGUAAAUUUGGUACAUUACAUGGAGUUGAAGUUAGUAGUAUUGCAGAAGGAGAUGAAAAACUUACAUUAGGUUUUAUUGAAGUACUAAAAACAUCAUCAGAAGCUGAUAGAAAACGAUCACAAACAAUAACAAGACAAACAUUUGUUAAAAAAGAAUUCAUUCGUAGUCAGAAUGUUAAAAUGAAUCAUAACGUUAAUUUUACAAUUAAAAAUACAGAAACAAGUAGAGAUGUAACGAAUGGCGUUAGAAUUUCUGUUGCUAAAAGGCCUCAAAUGACACCAUCUACGGGAAAUAUUAGUUUAACUCACAGUAAUAACCCAACACCAAUUCAUGAAAGAAAAAAUUUUCUUCAACAUAACACUAAAAUAACUAGUUUACAUGAUUUAUCAACUAAUGUUCCACCUCCUGUUCCUAUAAAAUCGUACCAUCGUAGAAAAGAAAAAACAAGAAGAAUUAGAGAAGCAAGAGAAUUUACUUCAACUGAAAUAGAAGCAGUUGAAAUUGCUGGAAAACCAGGAACUAAUAUUGGAAUUACUAAAGGAGAUAUUAAAAGAAUUAAUGAAAAAGUAUUUGAAAUUAAAGGAAAGUAUUUUAUUGUUACAGGUGUUAAAGAUGAUGAAAAUGUUAUGGAAGAAUUAAAACUUACACCAAAAGGAUUAAAAGAAUUUGUUACUAAUUGUGCACGUCAAAUUCUUACUGAACAAAGAUAUCUUGAUGAUAUAGAAAAAGAAGAUAAAAAAUUUGAACAUUUAGAACAAUUACAAGAUAAUAUUUCCGUUGAAAAAUUAGUAAUCGAAUUACAAUGUUUAAUUCGUGGUCAUUUUGUUAGAAGAACACAAGAAGUACAAGGAAUGAUAACAAGAAAAUAUACUAUAAAUGAAAUAACAACAAGUGAAGAAACAUAUGUCAAUAAUUUGAUCAUUUUAAAAGACUUUUAUUUACAAAAAUUGUUAGACUUUAAUAAAGAUGAAUUAUUAAAAAAUACAAUUAAAGACCUUGAAAUGAUUAUUAAAUAUAAUCAAACAUUAUUAAAUUCAUUAUUACAAUUCAGGAAAGAUAAAAAUAUUUAUGGAGAUGGAUUUGCUAAACAAUUUCUUCAAUUUACAAUGUUUCUUAAAUCAUAUACCACUUAUGUAAAUCAUCAGUCUCAAGUGUCUGAUGACAUUUAUCAAAAAUCUAUUAAAAAUAAAAAUUAUGGAAAUAAACUUAAAGAACUUAGUCUUCAACCAGAAGUUAAAAACCAAACUAUAGCUAGUUAUUUAAUUCUUCCUGUUCAACGUAUCCCUAGAUAUGAAUUAUUUAUUAAACAAUUAAUAAAAAAUAUGCCAAAUCAUCAUAAAGAAAGACAAGAAUUGACUCGUGCAUUAAAAGUUGUUUCUGAUAUUAAUAAACACUUAAAUGAAACAAGAAGAAAUAAUGAAAAUAUUCAAAGAGUACAAUUUUUAGCAUCAAAGAUUACUUUAAAAAAAUUAGAUCUUGCAGGUGAUAAGUAUAGAAGAUUUAUUAUGGGUGGUUUUGUUCGUCUUCAAGGACAUCCUACCAAAUUUAAUUUACAAGACUUAUUCCCAGAAAAACAACAUUUAAUGUUAUUAUUCUCUGAUAUUGUAUUAUUUAUUCCUGCAACUAAACCAUCUAAAAUAAUUGAAGAUAAUCCUGUUGAUACUUUAUUAAAUUCAGGUAAAUUUAAAUGUAAAGAUGUAUUAGAAUUAUUUAGUACUUCAUUAAUUGAUUUUAAUACUAAUAGAUUCUUCUUAAUUACUAAAGAAUCAACAUAUUUAGUUGCCUGUGAGUCAAUGGAAGAUAAAUCUAAAUACAUUAACGCAAUCAAUGAUUGUUUAGUUUUAAAAUAUUCACCAUUAGUUGCGAGAAGUGCUGAAUUAAUUAAACAAAAUGGAAUAAGUUCUAAUACACUUAACCCACAACAAGUUAUUGAAAAAAAUAAACAAUUAUUAGCUAGACCUGAUUUUGAAGGAGAAGCAAUGUAUAGAGAUCUUCAAACAGGAAUAUGGGAACCAUGUUAUUUAAUGUUAAUUGGGUCAAUUCUUUAUAUAUACAAAAAUCCUGUAGAUAUAUUUAAUGGAAUAACUCCUAUAAAAAUGAUUGAUGUAAGUAAUUUUAUUAUUAAAUCACCUAUAGUAUCUGCACGUCCUUCUUCAUUUGAAAUUUCAUUUAGAUAUGAGGUUAAUACAUUUAGUGUAAAAGAUGAUGAAAGUAAAUCAUUAUGGCUAAUUGCUUUAAGAAAUGCAUUUGUAAGAUUUAAUAUAGCAACUGCAGUUUCUAAAGAACAAGCCCUUCCAAUAAUGCCACUCAAAGAACCAUUAUCAUUUAUUCCUGAUGAUAUUAAAUUAACUGAUGGAUUUAAUUUUGUUCUUAAUCUCUUAAUACUUCCAGGAAAUAGAAUUUGUGCUGAUUGUUUAUUUAGAGAAGUGUCUUAUGUAGAUUUGGACUAUGGAGUUUUUAUUUGUGGUCCAUGUUCACGAUCUCAUAUGAAAUUAUCUCAUAAACAAUUAAAGAAAGGUAUCGUCCCUGUUUUAACAUUUAAACAAGUGUAUGAAUAUCCUAUUGAUGAUUUACUUAAAUUAAGAACAUUAGGCAAUCUACGUGCAAAUAGUUUUUAUACUAAAACAUUCUCUUCAAAUCAAAUCCCUUCAAAAGAACAACUCCAAUCAGCGUCUGCUGUUUUAAUUAAACAAACGAUGGAAGGAUAUUCAUUAAUGAAAAUGACAAGUUUUGAUCCUGACAAUGAAAGACUUUUUAAGAAAAUAUCUGAUUUAUUAUUAAGUUCUGGGUAUUAUCGUGUUCGUUUGAUGAAUUUACUUCCAUUUGACAAAAUACUAGGUGGAUUAGCAUGGGGAAUUUCUGCUACAUGUUAUCCAUUAGAAAUAGACUUAUGGCUUGCAUACUCUGAAUAUGCAACUAUGGGAUUAAAGCUUCAAGUAGCUGAAGGAGUAUGUAGUGCAUUAAAAGAAAUGAAAUGUCCAAGAUUAUUACAACCACAUCAAAUUACAGGUCUUGACUUUGGAGUAUUACUUCCCGUUGUAGAAUGGUUAAUGACAAAAGUAGAAGAGGCAAGAACAAUCAUGGGAGAUACUCUCAGAAAUUAUGCAGAAUUUGUUUAUAAGAAGUUUUAUAAACCUGAAGAACUUGUAGUUGUUUAUCGUAUGGAAGAAAGUAAUGAUAGUCAGAAAACAAAUUCAAUUACCGAUGAAGAUGAAGAUGAAACUAAACAACUUGAAGAAGAAAUUACUCAAAAAAGAAAAGAAUUAGAAACGUUAAAAGAAAAGAAAGAUAAAGCUGAGAAAUUUUUUAAAGGAAUGAGAAGUACUGUUGAAGCCUUAGAAUCAGAAAAAGAAGAAAUAGAAGAACAAAUUAUUGAAAUACAAAAUACUGAGAAAGAAGAAGCAAAAGAGGAACAAGAAAUUGUUAUUAAAGCAAAUGAAGUUGAAGAAGUUAAAGAGGAAAUUAGAAAAUUUAAAGAAGAUUGCAAAAUAAAACAUGAUUAUUAUAUAGAAACAAUUAAUAAUAUCAAAUCAUCAAUUGAAGAUAAAGAAAAACUAGCUGCAAUUGAAAAGAUUGAAACACAACACCAAAAAGAAAUGGCUAAAAUAGAAUUGUUAGAACAUGCUCUUGGAGAACGUAAAAGAAAUUUAAAACGUAUUGAAAAAGAAAUUGAUGCUGUUCCUAGUAAAUUUGAAUUACAACAAUAUCAAAAACAACUUAUUUAUUUAUCAAUACAAACAUCAGUUACUUUAGUAGAUACUCGUUAUUAUUAUGAAAUGUAUAAUUACAUGACAGAAGUAAAAGAUUUAUACAAAAGUGAAUUAAACAAUUUAGGAAAUAUUACUAAAGGAAUAGAAGGAGUCAAAAAUAAUAAAACACUUCAACCUUUACUUGAAUCAAUAAUCAAAGCUAAUAAUUCUUUAGAAGGGAUGAUAAUGAAAGAACAAAAAUCAUUACAACAAAGUGAAGAGAAUUCACAAAAUAUUUCAAUAAAAUUACAAGAAGUAAUUAGAAAAGAAUCUGAAUUUUAUGAGCUUGUUAAAAAGUUUGAAGAUGAGAUCUCAUUAAAUGAGAAAAUUGAAUCAAAAAUUCAAGAACUUCAAUUUAAAAAGAAUCAACAAAUUAUAAGAGAAGAUAAUUAA